AUGAUAAAAAAUAAAGAAAAGAUUAUGGAUGAAUGGGUAAAUAACAAAAACUCGGGAAAGAAUAAAAGAUUGAAAACUCCUUCAUUUGAACAAAUUGACCAAAAGUUGUAUAAAUGGUUUAUCAGCGUUCGGUCAAAAAAUUUACCAAUUUCCGGUCCAAUUUUACAAAUAGAAGCUAUGAAAUUGGCAGAGAAAAUGAAUGUCAAAGAUUUCAAUGCUUUGAAUGGUUGGUUUGACAAAUUUAAAAAAAUGCAUGCUAUUGUUUGGAAACAAGUUAGUGGUGAGUCAAAUGACGUUUAUCAAGAAACAGUAACUUAUGUUUCGUCACAAGCGACGAGUCAGGCCAGCCACUAGAAACCAAACGCACAAUAUUGAACAAAUUCCCAAAAAGCCAGCACCGGUCAGUAGUAUUAGACAUAGGUUUAACUUUUCCCAGAAUUAAAAAACCAGAAUUGCUUAGAUGAAAUUUUCACAAGGCAAACUGGGAAAAGUACAACAAAUACGUCGAAGAAAACAUCAACCGCGUCAAAUCAACGAUAGAAAACUACAUAAGGUUUAUUAAACUUAUUAAAACAUCGGCAACUAAAGCGAUACCCAGAGGCCACAGGAAAAACUACAUCCCGUGCUGGACAAAGGAGUGUGAGAAAUUACUCGAUGAAUAUGAACAAAACAAUAGCGAAAUCUCAGCAAACCGAUUAAUAAACCUACUAGAUGAAAAAAGAAGAAAGAGAUGGAUAUCGUCAGUAGAAGAACUGGACUUUACACGAUCAAGCAGGAAAAGCUGGAGUCUCUUAAAAAAGCUGGGGACUGCCAACCCAGUUCGAAAAUAA